GAGCAGGCUGAGCAAGAUGAGUACCCAUUACUACCCCCUAAAGAGGACGAAGAUCUUGUUCACCAGACAAACCCAGUGAACAUAUCCCUCACGCUGCCUUUGAAGUUCCAACAACUUGUGCUGGAGGACCUCAUCGCCGAUGAUUCACUGCUGGUACUCGGGAAAGGAUUGGGAUUAGGCCCCAUCGUGGCAAAUAUGUUACACACUUUAAGCGCCCCCGCUACCAUAGCCAAUGUGAGGAAACAGGCCCUCAUUAUCCUUCUCAGUGCUGAUGAUAACGAUAAUGAAACCAUUGACGAGGAACUGACCGAGCUAUCCUGGAUCGAUGACGAAGAUGGGGAGGAAAACAAAAGACCCUAUGUGAUCAUCAAAAGUGAACUGUACACAUCAGACAAGAGAAGGGCACUCUAUUCCAAAGGUGGAAUCAUGAGCGUCACUUCAACGAUUUUUAUAUUGGAUAUGCUCUCAGGUAUAGUUGAUACGGAUAAGGUCACUGGUCUGGUCAUUCUUCACGCUGAGCGUGUUACAGACUUAUCAAAUGAAAGUUUCAUCGCUCAUAUAUAUAGACAGAAAAACAAAUGGGGGUUUAUAAAGGCAGUAUCUGAUUGUCCCGAAGUAUUGAUGAGUGGAUUUGCUCCUCUACAGAAAAAGUUAAGAGAUAUGCGGUUAAAGAAAGUUAUAUUGUGGCCAAGAUUCCAUAUUCAGGUUUCGUCGAGCUUGAUGGUUAAAGAAUCAACGAGAUCUGUUACAGAGGUCAAAGUACGGAUGACAGAUGCUAUGAAACAGAUACAAACGGGACUUUACGCUUGUUUAACUAAAUGUAUCGACGAAUUGAGGAGAAAGAAUCCAACCUUAUCAAUUGAUUACUGGUCUAUUGAAAAUGCCUUGGACCCGAGGUUCUUAGGAACUAUACACAUGAUAUUAGAUCCUCAUUGGCAUAGGAUCUCAUAUGAUUCAAAACAGCUUGUGAAAGACAUCAAACUGCUCAAAGAUCUUAUUAAAUGUCUCUUAUCGUACGACUGUGUUGAUUUUUACGAGAAAAUACAACUUGUCCUAGAGGCAAAUAGACCUUCCAUCGAUAAAAGGCAAACUGAGUCUCCAUGGCUAUUGGCUGAAGAGUCUCAAACAGUGGUGACGUUUGCAAAAAAGAGGGUGUUUGACAAUGAUGAAUAUUUAUUAGAACAAGCACCUAAAUGGGAGCAAUUGGCUAUAGUACUGGACGAUGCUUCAAAUGAGAGAGCUCACGAUCCGUCUAAAAAUGGGCCAGUUUUGAUCAUGUGUUCUGAUACAAAGGUAAAAAGACAACUGACUAGAGUAAUAGCAACGAUAAGAGAAUCCAAAGACAAAACGUUCAGUGCUAGAAAGAUUAUGGUGAACAAGUUACAGAUGUAUUUGGAUAAUAAAGAUUUGAAGUCGAGACUGGCGACUACUAUACAGGAGGCAGCAGCAGACAAUGAGGAUGAGAUUCAAAUCUCAAGAGCAUUUGCAAAAACCCCUGUUGUAACGAAAAGAAGAAGAACAAGAGGUGGUGCUGCUAUGGCAGCGGUGAGUCGCUUACACAAUGCACCAACACAAGGUGAUGAUAUUGAAUCUAAGAUGAAACCUGAAGAGGUUGAGAUGGAGUUAAUGGACCUUGAGGUUGCUGAGGAUCAGGAACUGGAUGCCAUCAGCGAUCAAGAAGAUAUUGAGAGCAUCAAUGAUCCUGGAAAAUUCUAUUCAUACAUAGGAAGGGAAAAUCAAGUCAUUAUCGGAACCUAUACAGAGACCACGGUUGAUCAAAUACUGCAAGAGACUAUGCCAUCAUUUAUUGUUAUGUAUGAGCCAGAUUUGGCAUUCAUAAGAAGAGUUGAAGUCUAUCAAUCUGUGCAUAAAGAGAACCCUGCUAGAACGUUCUUCAUGUAUUAUUCAGACUCAUUAGAAGAACAAAGCCACCUAACAGCAAUACGAAAAGAAAAAGAUGCUUUUACAAAACUCAUCAGAGAAAAAUCCACCUUGGCUGUGAGAUAUGAAGCAGAUGAAGAUUUUAAAAUACACAGGGUAAGGAAGGCCAUCCCAAAUACCCGUAUUGCGGGUGGUGCGAAGUUCAAGGAUCGAGACGAUGAGUCUACAGUGCUGGUAGAUUCUCGUGAAUUUCGAGCACCAUUACCUGGAUUGCUACACCGAACUGGACUGAGAGUCGUCCCAUGUGUAUUGACAGUUGGUGAUUACAUUUUGACUCCUCAGGUGUGUGUUGAGAGAAAGUCGAUCCCGGAUUUGAUGAGCAGUUUGGCUAGUGGUCGUCUCUACGAGCAGUGUGCACGUAUGUCUAAAUACUAUGCACAUCCUGCACUUCUCAUUGAAUUUGAUAGCAACCAAAGUUUUUCUUUGGAGCCAUUCUCAGGACAAGGUCGCCCAGGAAUUAAGGAGAGGCUUCCAGUAUCGUCGAACAAGAUGCAAGAGUCAAUACAGAAGGACCUCGCAGCACUGGUAAUCAACUUCCCAGCGAUGAGGAUCUUAUGGAGCUCAUCACCAUACCAAACUGCAGAGAUUAUGGUUGAGUUAAAAGCUGGGAGAGAAGAACCAAAUAUUGUGGAAGCUGUGAAUGCUGGACUUGACGAAGCCAAACAAAGAGAUAAUAUCCAACUUGGUAAAAAUGUUGUUGCUUUGCUACAAAGCAUACCAGGGAUCACUAACGUCGACUUUUAUCUCAUCAUGAGAAAAGUCAAAGACGUCAACAAGCUGAUGAGCUUAACCAGGCACGAACUUGUAAAGAUAGUUGGUGAAGAUCUGGGAGGAAGAAUUCAUGAUUAUUUAACAACAAAUUACAAAGAUGAUUGA